UGGACUGCAAGAAACUGAACCAGGACAGGAAAGGACUUCUCGCUGUUUAGUGCCAUUGUGGAUGCACUAACCAGCAGAAGCUUAAUAUUUGCGGUGGAGCAGACACUGUGGGCUGCUAACAGUCGCGGCUACUGGUGUUGGAUAAAAAAGCAGGCAGGGCAGUGAUGGAAAACAUAGGUGGAGACGCAGGCAACAGUGGGUCUGCUGUGUACCAACACAGAGAUGUGCUGUGAAUGUAACACCGAAGGAAAUACAACGGCGGCUCGACUGGCAAACGUUAGCUAGCUAGGUAGCCGGUCAGUCCCGCGGCUUCAUGUGAGCCCCAGUUCUUUUCUCGAUGCAAGCCGCAACGACUCAUUGGGAACGGCAUGUGAAAGGAUAAUGGCUGAAGGAUAAUAUCCAAGGAGCUGCAUUCCCUUAACCCACAGCGACCCCUCUUUACCUUCCCUCAUUUUACUUUCAUCUGCACUUUUGCGACCUUCCCUCCCUUGCUAAACUUGUGCAAGUCCUGUCUCGGCUCAUUUCCCCAUCUCUAUGGGAUUUCAAAGAAUGCAUGCAUUCCACAGUAGGAUCAUGUAAAUUUAUUUUGAGUUGGACAGUCCUUCUCCUGAUCUAAAGACAGGAUGACUCUCAAAUUUGAAAUAAUACCAAUGUGACCAGAGAUCAAAUUCCUUUGGUCUGUGGGAUUCUCACUCUGGUUCCAUCCCUUGUUCCCUACCUGCAGCCUUUUCCACCACCCCAUCCCUUAUCUAGUGUCAUUGGGCCAUGGUUCGUAAGAAAGGUUCUCUUAUACUAUGUGGUGCUUUCCUGUUUGUCGCCUGGAAUGCUUUGCUUCUGCUUUAUCUUUGGGGUCGCCCUCCCAUCGGCCGCCUCGGAGAAGAUGGUGGAGCCGAACCAGGAGAAAAGGAGGAGUGGGGUGUGGGCAGAGGAAAAGGAGUCCGGGUCAACUUGGCCGGGGAGGUGAUCCGGCUAGCAGAGGAGGUUGAAGUUCAGCUCGAGACCCAGAAAAAGCUACUGAAGCAGAUUGAAAGUCAUAGGGCAGUGUGGGCUCAGCAGAAAGACGUUGGGAAAAGAGAAACGGAUGAUACAAAAGAACUCAAAAACGAGGUUGUCCACCAGCCACCGAAACCUCCCCUUCCUCUCAAAGAUGGUGUGGAUGACAGGGACCAAACUGAACUAAAAUAUACACAGAAUGCUGCUCAUACAGAAGCUUCAGACUCUAAGUUAGAACAGCACCAGGCCAUUGUAAAAAAGGAAGAGACUGUUACGAACAAUGAAUUGACGACUUCCGUUGCCAGCCCAGAAGUUGUCAUUCCUAUUCUAGUUAUCGCUUGUGACAGAGUGACGGUAAAACGGAGCCUUGACAGACUCAUACAGUACCGUCCUUCUCCAGAGCUUAAUCCAAUCAUUGUCAGUCAGGACUGUGGCCAUGCCGAGACAGCUCGUGUGAUUGGCUCAUUUGGAGAUCAAGUGACACACAUACGCCAACCAGACCUGUCAGACAUCAGAGUCCGGCCAGAGCACAGGAAGUUCCAGGGCUACUACAAAAUCGCCCGACAUUACCGCUGGGCACUCAACCAAGUGUUCAGCACGUUCUCCCAGUCUACUGUGGUCAUAGUGGAGGAUGACCUGGAGGUUGCACCAGACUUCUUUGAAUAUUUCCGAGCCCUGUACCCGAUCUUGCGGUCUGACCCCACCCUCUGGUGUGUUUCUGCCUGGAACGAUAAUGGCAGAGACGCCUUGGUGGAUCCUUCCAAAGCUGAGCUCCUUUACAGAACAGACUUCUUCCCCGGGCUGGGCUGGAUGCUGCUGAAGGAGAUGUGGGACGAACUGGAACUCAAAUGGCCCUCGGCCUUCUGGGACGACUGGAUGCGUCAACCGGAGCAGCGCAAAGACCGCUCCUGCAUCCGGCCAGAAAUCUCCCGGACUAUCACCUUUGGCCGGAAAGGCGUCAGUUUAGGUCAGUUCUUUGACCAGUACCUUCGCUACAUUAAGCUAAACACUGAAUUUGUGCCUUUUACCAAACAGGAUUUGUCUUAUUUGCUAAAAGAGAAGUAUGAUGAAAAAUUUAUCAAAGAGGUUUACAGUGCCCCACUGGUGAAGAUUGAGGACCUCCAACAAGGAGGAAGCUUAAGAGGCCCCGGACCGUACAGGGUCCAGUACUCCAGCCGGGAAAGUUUUAAAGUCUUUGCUCGAAAUCUGGGGGUGAUGGAUGACUUGAAAUCUGGAGUUCCUCGUACGGGCUACAGGGGCAUAGUCAGUUUCCUCUACCGGGGUCGAAGAGUGUUCUUGGCUCCACCAGAGGGCUGGACACAGUAUGAUAUCAGCUGGAGCUGAGCGACUGAUCUGGACUAUACAAUGUGAAUGGUGUUGAAGAGGGGAGAGAGCCUUAUUCAGAGGAACACCCUCUCAGACCAAAGAGUAUCAGCAGAUGCAGUGCGUCAUGAAGAAAUUAAAGCAGCACAGAUGGGGCUGCAGACCAGUGGAGCGGGGAGAUCGAGGCCUGUUUGUUAGGGAAGCUUCUAAAAUAGGGUGCUCAUUCAGGAUCAGCAAGUUCAACAGCCACACAGACUUCACACAGAGUUAACUUUAACUUUUAGGAAAGGAAAAUCCCACCCUUAAACACUUUUUCAAAACCGCUAUUGGCAACGUGCCUUGCUUUCUGGGCCCAUUUUGUUUGGUGUAUUUUUUAUUCCUGUGAACAACAGGCCAAAUAUAGACUUGACAUCACAUUCACAGGUGUUUGCUGCAGAUGAAAAUGGAGUUUGGUAGCAGAAAAUAAUUUGUAUUGUCAACAGGAGGAGCAUGUUUCUGUGAUGGGGAUAAUACACUGGAGGCCAAACACAAACAGAGUGGCCAUCUCAAGAAUUUGGGAGAAAAAAAUGUGUGUAAUGUAUCAAAUCAUGGGCCAUCUUUUUACAUUUACAUAGUGUUUGAAAGAAACUGUUGAAAUUGACUCAACUCUUCAGAUCAGGUUACUGUUUUACAAUGUUUUAGGUGGUAAACAAAGGCCACAUCCAGUGCUAAACAGAGUCAUUAUGUGAAGUUAUAGCCCUGAUGGUUAACAUGAAAGGCUUCGUCAGCGAUGGUAGCAGACAGAAGGAAGCAGAGACACCCCCCAAACUACAGUAGCCCUGAUCCUGGACCAACAAACUGCCACUGACCUGUUUCACUAUCUCCUUCAACUUGGACAUUUCAGUCACUGAGUGACUCAUAAAAUUUGUCAUCAGAUUAGUUUGAAGAACAGCACCAAGAUCUUAUUGAUGCGCCAUAACAAAAUAUCCAUGAGAGGGUUUGUAGCAGAGGAGCGAGGCUGAAGGUUUGGUUUAAUUAUCACCACUGCUGUCCUUAGAUCAGUUUGUGAACAUGGCCUUGAAAGCAGACACUUAAUCAAAGCAGAGACAUGGUCUCACAGUGUUAAGGCCACCAUGUGCUUUAAAUGAAGUCGUUCAGACCAUAUCAAAGGCUCAGGUGUUAAAAGCUGUUCUGAAUGGCCACACUCGAAGACAGGUGAAAAAAACUACUAAAUCUUUAUAGUCUCGACACAAAAAACCGUAGCGGCGCACAUUUUCUCCUCAGAAUGAUUCAUGGUGUUGUAGUUGUGUGAAGAAUGAAAAAAGAGCUUUAUUCGUGCACGGUCACUGCAUAAAGUUGGUGUGAUUGAACGCUCGUCUGCUUCAGAACAUUUUCAGAUGCGGCUCCAUCAGUUUCAAUGUUGUGAAGGUUUUCGGACACCUUUAGCACUUUGUUUGAAGAAUACUGAGGUCUUUAUGAUUGAUCUCGUGCUUAAGAUAGUCUUGGAAGGCCUAUCUUUUUUUUUUUGAUAAUUUAAUAUCUUUAAUGUUUCUGAGUAGCCCAGAUUAAACUCCAUUAAUGUGAUGGUUAAAGAGGAUUGCUUAACUGAACAAAAUACCAUAAUUCUGCAACUCCAUUCUGCUUUCAGAGGGUUACAGAAUCUGCAUUUCCUCCACACCUUUUUGUUUGUGUGAGUGACCUUGGUGUCUAAAUGUGUAGAGACAAAUUAAUCGUUAAUAUGAAGGAUGCAAUUAUAAUGGUAUAGCUAUUUUGAAAUGAUUUAACUGUCUUGAACUUGAAGUUCUAAGGAUUCCCAAGCUGCAAAUGAGAUUCAAACAUCACUGAGUCUGACAUUUUAUCCUGAAGCCCUGAUACAGCGCAAGUUGUAAUCACAUGACAUCCAAACCAUGGUUUGGUCAGCUUAGGUUUGUUGAAAAACCACUGAUUUUUUGUUUAUGCAACCAGAAGGCUGAAGAGUGGCUAUGGAAAUGAUUAUCACUGUACUGUAAUUAGCUUCGGGGGAUUAUCGACAAGACUGAUUGAGUCCCAUGUCUGUAUGGUGAUGUGUAAAACCACUGCCUGAUGUGUUUAUAACUUUAAUACAGUAUAAAUAAAAUCAACUAUUUUGAUA